CAAUUGUCAUUCGAAAGUGUUACGAGUCUCGUGUCCUAAAAAGCAUUGUUCUACUGGUUGAUCUCAUUCAUCAUAUUUUCAUCAAGACACGUAAACACUUUCCACAGUAUACGUCAAACAUGUACAACUCUUCUUGUUAGACAAGAGACUGUAAUCACAACAUCAUCGUUAUAAACAUGUUACAUGUUACCUUUGUUGCAUAUAUAGAACACUUGCUUUCUAUAGGCUGGUCAACAUCGAUUCUUGGAUUUUGAAAUGGGUGGUACUUCUUCACCUUGUGCUUCCUGCAAGUUGUUGAGGCGCCGUUGCUCUCCGGAUUGCAUCUUUGCUCCUUAUUUUCCAUCAAACGAUCUCUGCAAGUUUGCCAUUGUGCACAAGGUCUUUGGCUGCAGCAAUAUCACCAAAAUAUUAAAGAAUGUUCCCGUUGAGCAAAGAGGAGAUGCUGUGAGGAGUUUAGUUUAUGAAGCAAAUGCACGAAUUAUAAACCCUGUUUAUGGUUGUGUUGGAAUCAUAUCUAAGCUAGAAACUCAAGUUUCUGAGUUACAAAUGCAGCUUGCAGUAGUUGAGGAAGAAAUUCUCAGCAUAAAAAUGCAGCAAGAAUUUAUCUUCACCAAUGGUAGUACAUAACCACGACGAUGCUCUUUUCUCUCUUCUGUGACAAUACUUAUAUCUACGAACUUUUUUCUCAUUUUAUGUCAUACCUUCGUUGUAUCUGAAGAGACUCAAAGCCUUUAUGGACUUAAAAUUCAUUUUGCUCCUUUUUCACUCGUAUU